UAUUCCUACAUCCUGGUGGCAUUUGGCCCAUUCCCCGCAUUCCUCAAACUAUGGGUGGAACUCAUCAUCAUCCGACCCGCCAUACAAACAGUGGUGGCUCUCACGUUCGCCGAGUACGCCACAAAACCGUUCUUUGCUGACUGCGAGGCGCCUGCGAAUGCCAACCGACUCCUUGCUGCUGCUUGCCUGUGCUUGCUCACAUACAUCAACUGUGCCAGCACAAAAGCAGCAACUCGUGUCCAAGACAUUUUCUCAUUUGCCAAGGUCGGGGCACUGAUCGUCAUCAUUAUUGCUGGUGUAUUUCACAUGGCACAAGUAAGAAAGAGUCCAUCUGCAUUGAGUGAGCUUCACCCACUCGGUAAAUCUAGCCUUGGUGAAUUUUUGAAAUUUCUGGAUUGCCCCAUUGAAAUUUUAUUCCACAGCGUCUUGUUUCAAGCUGUAGAUGUGAUUAAAGGGGAUGAAUUCAUUAGGAAUCUGCCGCGUGCUAUAUACAUCAGCAUGCCGUUGGUAACGCUGAUCUACAUGCUGACAAAUUUGGCCUACUUUGCUGUCGUGUCUGAUGCCGAGAUCAGAGCGUCUCCAGCCACUGCUAUCUCAUUUGGAGUGCGAAUGUUUGGAUCCUGGAGUUGGAUCAUUUCCGUAUUCGUGGCUCUGUCAACUUUCGGAGGAGUGAAUGGCAUGAUACUGGUGGCAUCUAGACUCUUUUGGGCUGGAGCGCAAGAAAAUCAACUGCCCCAGUUCUUUUCCUACAUCCAUCACCAGAGGGAGACUCCUAUCCCCACCAUUUUGUUCUCUUGUAUGUUGUCACUCCUGUUGCUGGCAGGCAAAGACAUUGGUGCCUUGAUCAACUACUUGAGCUUUGUGCUUUGGCUGUCCUGUGGUGCAGCAGUUGCAGGACUUCUGUACUUGAGGAAAACUAUGCCAAAUGCACCAAGACCAAUCAAAGUCAGCCUUGUGUGGCCCUUUUUAUUCCUGAUUGCUUGUGCCUUCCUGGUUUUCUUUCCUCUGUAUGCCUCACCUGGUGACACUGGAAUGGGUCUCUUGAUCAUGAUGACAGGAGUUCCAGUUUACUUCACGUUCGUUUACAAGCACAGGUUUUCCGAGCGCAUAUCAAAAAAAUUCCAAUGGUUCGCAAAUUUCCAACAAAAGCUGCUGCUCUUGUUGAAACCGGCGACUGAGGAAGAAAUGGUGCCACUGCGAAGCAAAGGUGGUGUCACUGACGACGACGACGACGACGACGAACCCGUGAAAUUGGCAAAAUCAAACGACGACAGCGACGAUUCCAACAUAGUAACAAAACGUGUCGUCAAUUAA